CUUGAAAGUAUUUAAAAUAGUGUCCACAUGUUGUCUUACUCACCGUUGUCGCGUUAAAUAAUUCCAAAAGCCAAAUUAAAAACAAUGAUAGAAACAAAUUCGGAAACCACAAUCUCUUCGAAGGAUAUAGAUUUGCGUAUAAAUUUGACCAACCCUGCUGAUAAUGAAAAGGGAUCACUUCACGCUUACCAGAAGAGAUAUCUGUCAUCCAACAAAGAUGUCGACUACCGAACUUACUUGCCACGAGUUCAAAUGGAUUCUAUACGGAAGGAAUACUGUCUUACUGGAAAUCCAUCAUUUAUUAAAACUUCGUGUGUUACCGCAUAUGAAUGUAAUCAGCCUUUCGUAGACAGAAAACGGUAUUCUUCACAACAUAGUGAGCAGUCCUUAAAUCUGAAAACUAAUGGUUCUGCGCGAUCUAGUCCUAACAAUUCGCUACCUGAAAGGAAGUGGCAAGAUGAACAGUCCGAUUCGUCCAAUCUACCAACAAUUAAUGUCCCCCGUUUAAAUUCUACUGCUCUUCUGCCUACCCCUUUCACAAAGCCAUUCAAGGCGUCUGAUAAUCCGUCUCAUUGUUAUCGUCAACAGAAUUCGACUUGAUGUUUGCAACAAUAGUGUAUGACAAAGACAGUAUGGAAAAGCCCAUAAAGAUAUUAUGCUUAAUAAUUUUAGAAUAAAUAACAAAUUUUUACUUUAACUCAGAGUACUCAGUUACAGCAGUCUUCCUAAUUUCAGUUGAGUACAGUUCGUUGCAAUACUCUUAUAUGUACAUAUCAUUUUUGUGGAAAUAAAGUACAGGUGAUGUUUUCUAUUACUCUUUCCUCUAAAAAAAUGCCCUCUGCCAAGUAUUUGUUGUUAUCAGCCAAAUUAGAAAAAGCUACAAAUAUUAUGCAUUAAUCUGAAUUCUAAUUUGGUUUACGUUCUGUUUUCUUGAAUAUUUUUUGUGUAUACUUUUGAAGUAAGAAUUAUUAUAUAUUGGCAAUUUGUCUUUUUAUGCGUUCGUUAGAAUAUAUCUUUGUUUUUUUGUCAAGUCUGCGUUGUUAACAGUUAAUCUGGAUUUUUUUUACCUAAAUGUAAGGUAGAGGGAGGUAUGAUUGCUUAAAUGAAUAUAUUACAUGCAACAUAUUGUAUUUGUUAAUAUUAUUUUCGAUUGUCUGAUCGUACGUAUGUUGAGAGCAACGUUAUUAAUUUUAAGAUGUUUUCAUCCUUACUGUAUAGGAGAAAUAAAAUAAUACAUCUUGUAUACUAA